CCCAUUUCAUCAGUGAGGGCUGAGAGUAUAAAUACCUCUGUCAGGUUAGACAGACUAAAGAACACAGGUUAUAACACCUUCAGUGUUGUGACAUUUUCAACAAGAGCGCUCUUACUGCUGCUCUUUAAGCCCUUGUAUAACUUGUUAAAUGGCAACCAUGGUGGAACGGCUGACGUUUGCUCAGGAGAACCGGGAACGCAUCCAGGCUGUUGACAUCGCAUUUGGGUCAAGAGGAAAGUCUUUGUCUCAGCCGGAUCGGAUUCUGGUUGGAGAGGGAAGGCUAAUGAAGCAGAGCCGCCGGGGGCUGCAGCCUAAAGUCUUCUUCCUCUUCAAUGAUGUGCUGGUGUAUGGUAGCAUCCUUCUGAAUGGUCGCUGGUACAAUAAGCAGCAGGUCAUCCCUUUAGGGGACAUCCAGGUGGAGGACCUGGAGAAUAGUCUUCUGAUGAAGAACCAGUGGCUGAUCCGCACCCCACGCAAGUCUUUUUACGUGGGAGCCGCCUCAUACGAGGAGAAGCAGGCCUGGAUCGAACACAUAACGGACUGCCAGUCCAGACUGCUGCAGGAAGGCCAGCACACCCUGAGGUCAAACUUUGCUGCUACCUGGAUCCCAGACCAGGCCUCCGCCAUCUGCAUGCGCUGCUCCAACAAGUUCACCGUGACCCAGCGUAGGCACCACUGUAGAAACUGUGGCUUUGUGGUCUGCAGAUCAUGCUCCAAGAAGCGAGCAGUCAUCAGACACAUUCACCCCACUAAGCAGCAGCGGGUCUGCAGCAUGUGUCACUCCAGCCUCCUGGGCUCAGAGGCAGGGCCUGAAGAGAGGACUCGCAUGAGGGGGGACAGCACCGGCAAGAUGGGUUCAGAUGAAGAUGAGGUAGACGGUUCCAGUGAAGAGGAGGUAGAGGACAAUGUAGAGGACCAUGAUCCCAGCAGGUGGAUGGCCUCAUGGUCUCCCUACGUCUACCUUAAACCAGAGCACAUCAGACCACAAACAGACUCAUCAGGAGUGCUCAGAUGAAAUCUAAAACUGAACUUUUGGACUUGUUAUACAUGAUCUGAUUGGACCAGGAGAUCCUGGCCAUUUGCUGUGCAGCUAUGAGCCACUAUAAGCCAGUUUAGAGACAUUCUCAACUUUAUUUUUCUUCCUCCUGCUUAAAGUGGAGCAGAAUGGCCACAUGAUUAUCUGACUAUCAGUCCCACGUUUGUCAGCAUUUGUCAGAACGUUUGAACUGAACAUGUACUUUAUAAUUAACUAACCACAAAAUAAUAAAAACUGAGACAAUUUAUCAAGUUUAUUUAUCAAGAAACAAUAUUUUUUCUGUCAGGAAACUUCCAGAAGAACUUGACAAAUGACAUGUCAACCUGACAUCCUGAACUUUAACCAUGAAGAAACUGAUGAUAACGGACUGAGGAAUGAUUGGUCUAAGUGUAUAAUUAUUGUAUAAAUGCAAAAAUAUUUUUAUUUCUAUUUUACCACCUUUAUUCAUAGAGGUUUAACUCAGUGAGACACUGUUUUAUUUCUAAGAGUGACCUGAUACAUGUAUAUGUAAAGUAUGUACAAUACAAUACAGACAUAUAAUAUUCUCAUAAACAUGGUAAAUAAAAUGAAUUAAAACUUGACGAAAAACAGAAACGAGACCUCAGCGUUGU